AUGACUUGCUGUAGGCAAAUCAAGUGUGCGUGUUAUUCGUGUGCGGUUGUAAUAAUUAGAGUGAAACAAAAGAUUGGCUUUAUAUUUCACCCGCAGCGAAUUCCGCGCACCCAAGCGCGCGCUUCAUCCCCUACGGACGAAAGAUUCCUGGCAGUCGCCAACCGGCCAGAAGCGGACGAUCCGUCACUAUAUCGGUCCGAGGAGGCCAGGGGACCUCUAAGUGGACGGAAUCCACCAGCCGGUCCGUCAAGCUACCGGCAAUCAAGUGACCCCGUCGGCAAACCGCCAUCGCGAUUCACAACACGCUUCAUUGAGAAGCAAUCGCCAAGCGUUGCCUGCCCGGGGAGCAUCGACCCCGCCCAACGGUCAUCGACUGUAGGCCCCAUCGAUACGGUGAGUCUCCCAUCUUUUUUUGUACGGAGUGCGGCGUCCAAGGAGGGCGCCGCGGAGGAAUUUGUUGUCCAGUCGUAGACUGAAGGAUGUGCCGCUAAAGCCAUCGCGCUGUUUUCCUUUGUCGUGAGCUGCUACCCCGCCGACAAGUAAUUGGGUCCGUCAUCACGGACCGUGCACAUGCGUGCGUGAGCUAAUUUGCCACCACCUACCAGUUAACAG